AUGGAGAGUCCUCAUAGCCUGAGUACCCGCCUAGCUGAUGCCCUUCCGCGCGACGUUGCGAUCACCGCUCAGCAUCUCUCAACGCCGCCUACCAAGACUUCUCCAAUCUUCUCGGCCGCGCCUGGCCAGCCCGAAGAGACCACUUUUUGCGAGAGCCACUUUCUGACCCUUGCGACACCCAAGACAGAAUCACGUGGGGAGAUCCUGAUUUUUGCCAUCGAGAUUUUGAUCUUUACGACGCCCGCUCUGACUACGGUGUUCGUGUCCAAGGCCGACUCCACCGGUUACAGCUCGCUACUUCAGGUGCCCAAGGACUACCCAUCUAUCACAAGAUCAACGGUCGAAGCUUUUAUCCGCUUUCUUUUGGACCCAAGGCUCACCGAAUCCAGGGUCACCCUCUCACUUUUCGCCCGGUCACAGGAUCAGUACCUCUUUCCGGGAAGUAUUGAGAAUGUGGAGAAGCACGUUCUGGAUGACCGUCAGCUCAUCAAAUGGUGGUGCCGCGUGCUAGACGCCGUCUGGAGGCCGUACGACGCGGGUACUGCCGAUCAGCAGAUCUCGGCGCAUGUACUCGUUCCGGGCACCGAGGGAGCAGAGACCAGGAGUUUCUUUCCGCCCUCGAUCCAUCAAGAUGGCAGAGAUGCGCCUCGGUGGAGCCACUACUAUCCAGUCAAGCUCCUCACCGUGGACGACAGCUUGCCACCACGUUGCCUGAUACCCCGGCUGCCGGAUGAUCCUAAGGCGCGCUUCUUGAACGAUCUCGAUGGAGACUACAUCGGCGAGGACGGGCACUGGCGAAAUGUCAGGUCGCUGGACCAGUUCUGGGAGUUCAUGUCCUAUCGCCAAGAGUGCUCUGCGGGGCGACUGGUUGGCUUUAUCUGGGUCACUUUCGUGCGGCCUCAGCUUUUGCUUGCGAAGGCUGACGAUGCCGCCAAGUCAAUCUCAACAACGUUAGCUUCUCAGAUCUCGGACGGGUCAGUUCUGCCGACGCCCGAAGAUUCACAACGACGAUCAAUGGUGGACCUACCGCCGGCGAUAGCGGACGAGCUCGCAACACCCGAAAGGCCAAAAUCACCGCCUCCAUCGUCCCCUCCAAGUGCAGAGGCUGCUACGAAAGAUGAAUCUCAAGCAGGCCAAAGUCAAACUGUAGUCGGUACGACCGAAGAGGUUGUGAAUGCUGUCGAUGGGCGUGAAACCGAGCCAUGCCGACCCGUCGAUGUCCGUUGGCCCGCAUCCACUCGGGGCCAGGUCGUCACUGACCUCGACACCUACGAUGAGUUAUUAGAAUCACUCUUGCGACUUGACUUUGCAGGGCAGCAACUCGCCGCAGAGAGCACCGAUAAGUGGGUCGCGCUCGUUAAGAAGCAGACCGAGACCCAAGACUUCGGGGCCAGCAUACUUGGCAAGGCCACACCUGCUAAGAGCUUGGGGACCGCCACAGCCAAUGGCAGUAUCUCGGCCCCGCAAGUGACCACGCUGACUGGAGUUCGCAAGAAGCGAAAAGUGGAAGAUGCUGCACCUGCAGUGUCUGUGGUCGGAGACUUAACUUCUCCUUCUGCCACCGUGCUAUCCGCUGGGUUGGUGAGGAAGAAGCCAAAGACUGGGUGA